GACUGGCUGUCAUGCACUCCCAGGGUAGCGACUACCUGGACAUUGGCAACAACCCCCGGGUGGGCACCAAGCGCUACAUGGCCCCAGAGGUGCUGAGCGAGCAGAUCCGCACCGACUGCUUCGAGUCCUACAAGAAGACAGACAUCUGGGCCUACGGACUGGUGCUCUGGGAGAUCACCCGGCGGACGGCGGUCACAGGCAUCGUGGAGGAGUACCGUCCACCCUUCUUCGACGCCGUCCCCAGCGACCCCAGCUUCGAGGACAUGAAGAAGGUGGUGUGUGUGGACCAGCAGACCCCUGUGAUCCCCAACCGCCUCUUCUCCGACCCGGUUCUGUCGGCGCUGGCAAAAAUCAUGAAGGAGUGCUGGUACCAGAGCCCCUCGGCUCGCCUCACCGCCCUGCGCAUUAAAAAGACGCUGAAGAAGCUGAACAAUUCCCUGGAAAAGCCCAAGCCGGAGCAGUGA